AUGAUCGAUUAUCUUCUCCACAUCGCUUCCGUUGGCCAGCAACCAUUUGCGGUAAGAGUCAUGGAGCUGUUGGGGAAGCUGUUCAGGAAGUCGUCAAAAAAUGGGACAGAUGGGUUUUUAUUGAUUGAGGGAAUGGCAAAUGGAAAAGAAGAGAACGCAGCACUUUGGGGUAAAACUAGUGAGUCAUCAGAUUAUGGAUUCUGGCUACCUACUCAUGCUAUUGAUGGAUUGUUAAACACCUGGGCCCACACCAAAUUAGAGACUGACCCCUGGUGGAGAGUGGACCUACUGAAAGUCUACAGAGUGAACAGAGUCACCAUCACCAAUAGAUUUGACUAUGCUUCUAGGAUUAACGGGGCAGUGAUUCGUAUUGGAAACUUUCUGGACGUUAACAGCAACACCGUAUGCGGUGUGAUUUCUACUCUUGCGGACAGUGCCACAGCCACUUUCUCAUGCGGUGGGAUGGUGGGACGUUAUGUGGUUAUUCAUAUUCCUGGAGACGGACAGAUUCUUACCCUUGCUGAAGUUGGAGUCUACGGGUAUUUGGCAGGAAAUCGUGCAGUAGGAGCAGCCGCAAUUCAGUCUUCAACAUUUGCGGACUGGUUUGCUGAAAAGGCCAUUGACAGUAAUCGCGGCUUCCAGCAGUUAAAUACAACAUGCACCUCAACCCUUAAUGAGUCUAACCCAUGGUGGAGGCUGGAUCUGCUUGACGUUUAUCGAGUUCGAGAAGUGGUCAUCACUAACAGAAAUGACAGCUAUGCAGAACAAAUAAAUGGAGCGGAAAUUCGCAUUGGAAACUCUUUGGAGAACAACGGCAGCAACAAUCCUAUAUGUGCUGUUAUUUCUACUAUUCCAGCAGGUGAGUCCUACAACUUUUCAUGUAAUGGGAUGGUGGGACGUUACAUGAUUAUUCGUAUUCCUGGGGAUUGUGAGAUUCUUAGUCUUUGCGAGGUUGAAGUCUACGGAUCCUUGGCAGAAAAUGUAGCAGUACUUGGUGCUGCUAUACAGUCAUCAACAUCUGGGGCCUGGAUUGCUGAAAAUGCCAUUGAUCGAGGUCUCCAGCAGUUGUAUACAAAAUGUUCCUCAACACUCAGACAGACUAACCCAUGGUGGAGGUUGGAUCUGUAUGAUAUUUACAGUGUUAACAGAGUGGUCAUUACUAACAGAAGAGACUGCUGUGCAGAACAAAUAAACGGAACAGAGAUUCGCAUCGGGAACUCUUUGGAGAACAACGGCAACAACAAUCCCAUAUGUGCUGUUAUUCCUGCUAUUCCAGCAGGUGAGUCCUACAGCUACUCAUGCGGUGGGAUGGAGGGACGUUACGUGAACUUAAUCAUUCCUGGAGACAUGAAGUUACUCACUAUGUGUGAGGUGAAGGUCUAUGGAGAAGAGAUUGAUAUGAACAUGAAGGUUUGGGUAAGGAGUCUCUUACUUUUACUGGGGUUUUUCACUGUUCAAAUGAAGGCAAAUGGAACAGAAGUGAACACAGCAAGAUGGGGCUCAGCCAAUCAGUCGACAACAUAUGCAAACUGUGAUGCUCAAAGAGCACUGGAUGGGAUAAACUCCACCUGCACUCAUACAGAUACACAGAGUGACCCGUGGUGGAAGCUGGACCUGAUGAAGACGUACAGUGUGAACAGAGUGACCAUCACUAACAGACUCGACUGCUGUAGUUACAGGAUAAACCGGGCAGAGAUUCGGGUUGGAAAUGAUUCUUCAGAUGUUUUUAUCAAUCCAGUAUGUGCUGUAGUUUCUACUAUUCCAGCAGGAGCUACCUACAGCUACUCGUGUUCUGGGAUGGAGGGACGUUACGUUACUGUGAAUAUUCCUGGAGCUUCACAGAUUCUGACUCUCUGUGAAGUGGGAGUCUAUGUGAUUUUUCCAGGUAAUUUGGCGACAGGAAGAACCGUCACACAGUCAUCAACCAUUAGCACCUGGUUUGCUCAACAAGCUAUUGAUUUCAAUCCAGGUUUCAUCAAGCCAUCAUCAUCGUGUUCCUCAACCACUGCUCAGACUAACCCAUGGUGGAGGGUAGAUCUGCGUUAUAUUUACAGAGUAAGUAGAGUUGUCAUCACAAACAGACUUGACUGCUGUCCAGAACGAAUAAAUGGAACGGAGAUUCGCAUCGGGAAUUCUUUGGAGAACAACGGCAACAACAAUCCCAUAUGUGCUGUGAUCUCUAGCAUUCCAGCUGGUGUUUCCUCCACCUACACCUGUAAUGAUAUGGAGGGUCGAUACGUGAAUCUGUUCAUUCCUGGAGAUUCAAGGUUUCUUACUCUGUGUGAGGUGGAGGUCUAUGGAGAAGGUCCUGAACUGAAGAAAACCUUUGUGAAGAUGAAACUGAAGUCCAGCGGGAGUCUGUCUGCAGAGCUCCUGUCACAGCUUGAGUCUGCUCUGGAGAAACGAGGGAUUUCUGACGUGAAGCUGCAGUGGUCUCAACCGCCAGCUGCUCAACAGGAAGUGAUGCGGAAGGAAGACGCACCAGCUCAAUGUGCAGUAGGGAAGAGAUGA